AUGCCCAUCCUACACACGUCAACUGAAAGUUUCUCGCCUCAGUUGAACUUGGGCCCCGAACGAGUCAUCGGUGGACAGUGGACACCACAUUUAGCCCAGAGGACACACCCUCGACAUGGAAUGUCGUAUUCUUCAUGGAUGGCUCCUUUCCUGCCCACUUUGUUCACUGGGCCGACAAAUAACGAUACAAAUACGAAUGAAAAGCAACGACAGCGUAGCAGGCCGACCGCAUACCUAGAUGGAUUGCGAGGGUUUGCGGCUCUCCUGGUCUACUUGGGACAUCAUCAACUUUGGGCCCACGAAGGCGCAGGAGUGGGGAAGGCCUUCGAGCUAGCCUACGGUUACGACAACAAGUACUAUUUCGCAUGCCUUCCUGGUGUUCGAACGAUCUUCGCGGGGGGGGGCAUUUUGCGGUCAGCGUCUUCUUCGUGCUCUCUGGGUAAAAGUCUUUCCUCUGCGGUAUUCCGCCGAUGGUUUCGUCUCUAUAUACCUGUCAUUUGCACAACAUUUUGUUACAUGACGUUUUUGCAUUUGUUUAAAAUUCGCACUAUCCCAGAGCUUCAAGGAAGCUACCUUUCGGAGCUAUGGAAUUGGUACGCCGAAUUCAAGAAUUUCAGCUUCGCUCUGCGAACAGGCGGUGAGCCUUGGUUCACGUACAAUUUCCAUGCUUGGUCUAUACCCGUCGAAUAUCGAGGUUCUCUGGCUGUUUACACCGCCGCGAUCGCUUUUGCAAGGUUUCGCCGCAACGUCCGGCUAAUCGGCGAGGUCGCAUUGGUGGUAUACUUUUUGUACAUUGCGGAUGGGGCGCACUUUGCCAUGUUUAUUGCUGGCAUGCUUUUGAGAGAUCUCGAUCUCCUCGCCAUGCGCAAUAACUUGCCCGGCUUCUUUCGCAGACUGGAGCCCUUCAAGACAGCCAUUAUGACUUUACUCUUCUAUACCAGCCUCUACCUUGGCGGGGUCCCAUCGCAUACGGAUAACUUGCAACAACUACGUGACUCACCAGGGUGGUACCUCUUAUCGUUUCUGAAGCCACAGGCAGUGUUCGACUACAAGUGGUUCUACCUGUUCUGGGCCGCUGUCUUCCUUGUCUCGUGCACAUCUCACCUUCAGUGGCUCAAGACAUUUUUUGCAGCCCCGUUCAACCAGUACUUGGGCCGUAUUUCAUUUGCCUUCUAUUUAGCCCACGGACCGGUUCUGUGGAUUUUGGGAGACAGGCUCUACGCUGCAGUGGGGUUGGUGCGCGAUUCACAUGCUCAAAAUUGUCCCUGGUGGAUUAAUCGUUUGCCCCUGCCUACCUUUGGUCCUUUUGGGCUCGAGGUCAACUUUCUCGUCCCACAGCUGGUUUUGUUGCCAUUGACCCUCUGGCUUGCAGAGGUCUCGACUAGACUAGUUGACGAGCCCACUGUGAGGCUCUCUCAGCGGAUGUAUUUAGAGGCGCUUGUCGAUAAAAUAUGA